CUCAUAUACCUGAAAGCUCAGCUGCCAUGGUAGCAACCAUGGCGGAUAGAGUCAAAGCUAUUAAAAUUCGCUUAGACCGCGGAUUGUGGCCUCCAAUUAAAGCAAAGCUUUCAGGGGUGAGCCGGGCCCCCGCCCAUGACCAAAAAGAGGCUGGGUUGAUCCGGAUUCCACUUCAGAUUUAUCAUCUCUAUUUAAUAGAAGGAGCAGUUUCACUUGCUCAUGGUAGCAAGCAUAAAAGAAAGCACGAAGCAGUAGAAAGCAA